AUGUGUCGAAUCGAAUCUCUCGCUCUUUCAGUGAGUAUCCAGUCACAGCUCUUGAGCAAAGCCUGGCACGACAAUGAGGUACACGGUCUAUCAUCGUGGGCUAGCAAGAACCGAACAACAGCUCCAAAAUUAAACCUCGCUGGGGAACAAGCACGAAAUCAACUCAUCGCCAGUCUAAGACAACUGGAACAGCUCGUCCUCGGUCCCAAGGAUGCUAUGCAGAGUUUGUAUUACCGGAGCGCAGAAGCCGGUGUUGUUCAGGCGCUAUGCCAACUGGAAGUGCCCCGGUCCAUACCAUUAGAAGGUUCAAUAUCUUAUGCCGAUCUAUCUGCCAAAGUUGGAGUGUCGCAGGACCGUCUCAAGCAUUUGAUCCGCAAUGCAGCAGUUUGCUCCAAUUAUUUGAGAGAAACCGCGAAUGGUGAGGUGGCUCACAGUCCAAAUUCGUCCAUCUGGCAACUUGAUCCCAUGAUGGCAAACGGCAUGGAGGUCAUGCUGAAUCAUCUGCCUUCUUCCUCAUUCCAUCUCGGUGAAGUCUGCACCCGAGAUCCUAACGACGAGCAAGAGAGAGUCGAUGGGUUCAGUCUCGCACGAGGUGCUCCACUCUUCGAGUAUCUCGAGUCAAAUCCUGACCAAGGUCGACGCUUUGCGGCCCACAUGCGCGCCCAGGCAGCACAAUCUGGUGAUGAAGCUAUUCAAGAAUGCUAUGAUUGGGACUCCAUGAAGGGCAAGACUCUGAUCGAUUGUGGAGGCUCAUUCGGCUCGGUCGCCACAGCUAUCGUCCGCAAAUCACCUGGAGUUCGAUGCAUUGUCCAGGACCUCCCCAAGGUUGUCAGCUCUGCAAUUGCUGUCGCAUCCAAGGAUCCCAGCUUUCCCCAUGAUUCUAUCACGUUCCAGGCACACUCAUUCUUGGAACCCCAACCAGUGAUUGCGGACCUCUAUUUAUUCCGCAUGGUCUUCCAUAAUUGGUGUGACCAAGGCGCCCGUCGCAUCAUUAAGGCUCUGCUACCGGUUCUCCGACCUGGUGCUCGUGUCAUUGCCAUCGAGUAUGUUAUGCCAAAGAUCGGGACUGCACCCAUCUACGCUGAAGUUGCAACCCGACGAUUGGACAACGUUAUGUACAGUCUAAUGAAGGGUAAGGUCCGAGAACUGGAUGAGUUCCAAGAUCUUUUCCACAGCGUCGUACCCAAUCUCAAAUUCAAGAGUUUCCGACAAGGCGAGUUGAAAGCAACCCACGAUCCCAAGUGUCAUUCAGUGUUGGAAUGGGUUUACGACCCUGAACGUACUGUCGAAGCCCCGAGUGUCGAAGCUUCGUCUUCCCCUGUCCGUGAUGUGCACGCAACUCUACCAGCAGCUAAGAUGUCCACCCCAGUACUCGGCAUUGAUAGUGAGACUUGCACUCCAGCACUCAGCGUCGACAGCCAAGAUUGCUCCCCAGUAAGCACCGAAGAACCUGCACUUCUCGACGUCAGACCUGACCAGAAGUAUGCAGUGGCCGCCGUGGAAGAACUUUGCACCAGUCUCCCCGUAGAAGAAUUCAAGUGA